AUGCUCUACAGCAUGGCUGCCACUGCACCCGUCCCUGAACCCAGCAUGCGCGUCCUUGUCUGUCCCUCGGGCUUCAAGGGCAGCCUGCAGCCCGACACGGCCGCCGACUGCAUCGAGGCCGGCAUCCUGGCCGUGGAGCCCGACGCCAAGGUGCGCAAGGUGCCCCUCGUCGACGGCGGCGAGGGCUUCACGCGCGCCCUCGUCGCCAGCACAAACGGUACCCUCCACCCCACCCCUGUCAUGGGCCCGGUCGGCGAGCCCAUCCUGUCCUUCUUUGGCAUGCUGGGACAGUCACAGGACGCGUUCACGACCACGCCCACGCCCAAGCCCAAGCCCAAGCCCAAAACGGCCGUCAUCGAGAUGGCAGCGGCGGCUGGCUUGAGUCUCGUGCCCGCGUCGUGCCGCAACCCCGGCGUCACCACCACGUUUGGCGUCGGCCAGCUCAUCCUGGCCGCCCUGGGCGCCGGCGCCGAGCGCAUCCUCAUCGGGUGCGGCGACUCGGGCACGUGUGACGGCGGCGCAGGCAUGCUCCAGGCGCUGGGGGCCCGCCUGCUCGACCGGGACGGCCUCCUCCGCCCUCGGUACGAGGUGGUGAUGGAGUACAUUGCCCUCGACGGGCUGUUUGACGACUGCGACCUCGUCCUGACGGCCGAGGGGGGGAUCGACGACCAGACGCCCUGGGGCAAGAUCCCCGGUGAGAUUGCGCGCCGCGCCAAGAACCAUGGCCUGCCUGUGAUUGCCAUUGCCGGCACCAUUGGACCGGGCGCGCGGGUCAACUACGACGUGGGCAUUGAUGCGUUCACGUGCAUCCUGCAGAGGCCCACGACGCUGGACGACGCGGUCACCGAGGCAGAGAUGCUCACCAGAGAGAGCGCCGAGACGGUGAUGCGCAUCGUGGCAGUGGGGAGGAUGCUCGGGCUGAGUGGGAGGUCGAAUGUGCUGUGA